AUGGCUCUCCGUACUUUGGUGACGUCACCGCCAUCCCAUAUUUGUAAUUUUGUUUUGGCGGGGUUUGUCUGGUACUACGUCCGUUCAGAUGUUCGGUUCAUUUUGUAAACAUUAACUUUUCAACGUCGAAAUAUGGAGCGUGGAAGGAUGAGUCGAGCAACAAGCGGCAGACCGUCGGAGCUGAUGCCUAUGCGAGUGCAAGACAGCAACAGGAUGAGCAUGGCGUAUACAACGCCAAAGAGUAAACAGCCUUCCUUUGGAAAGCUGAACAUACCCAAACCGCAGUCUGUGACCUCUGAGAGGCGGACCAGCUUCUUUGGUGCUCGGACUGUAGGAGCCAGCAUGCCUCGCAACAGCAGCAUGUCAGGGUUUGGAGGAACGGAGAAGAUCAAAGACACCAGACCUCUGCAUGAUAAAUCCUUUGUUCAGCAAUGUAUCAGACAGUUGCACGAGUUCUUGACAGAGCAGGGUUACCCGGGCACUUUGUCAGCCAAGACCCUCCAGUCUCCCUCUACCAAGGAGUUUGUGAAGGUGUUUGAGUUUGUCUACCGUCAGCUCGACCCAACCUUUGAGAUGCCAAACUCAAAGGUGGAGGAGGAGGUUCCAGCUAUCCUGAAAGCCCUGAGGUAUCCAUUUGUUCUCUCCAAGUCUUCAAUGUAUUCUGUCGGAGCUCCCCACACCUGGCCCCAGGCACUUGGUGCUCUCAUGUGGCUUAUUGACCAAGUCAAGAUCAACUGGUGUUUGAGCAAGCAGGAGCUGCUUUUCAGGGACUUCUGUGAAGACAGCGAUAAUAUCGAGGAGGGGGCCGAGUACAACAAGCUGCUCCUGGACUACACAGCUGAGACGUACUCCAUCUUCAUGCAGGGUCAAGACUCAUUUGAUGAUGUGGAUGAAUUGUUCCUCAAUAAACUAAAGAAACUGUACAACGUGGACGAGGCCCUGCUGGCCUCGAUGGAGGAGAAGUACAGGAUACUCAGUGAGGAGGUCGAACUGCUGGAGAAGGAGAGCCACACGGACCGUCUCAUGACCAAGAGAAUGGAAAGAGUGAAGCUGCAGGCCGACCUCAAGAAGCUCCAGAGUUAUCGAAGCAACCUGGAGUCCUUCAAAGUGAACCUGGACAACAGAGCUUCAGAGCUGAGCGAUGAGCUGGAGACCACUGGCAGUCACCUGGAGUCUCUAAAACGUCAGCAAAAUGAACUGCAGCUCCGCCUGCAGAACCAGAAGUUCACUCCAGCUGACGUCGAGAGGAUCAACCGAGAGAAGAGAGAACUCCAACAGACCAUCUCCAGCCACAGCAAGUCUCUUGAAGACGCUGAACAGCACAAGUGGAACGAGGAGAUCGCUCUGGCCAAAGUCAAAGAGAAGGCGGAGUUGAGGGUAGCAGAGUACCACAAGCUGGCACGUAAACUCAAGCUGAUCCCACUGUCUGCAGAGAACGCCUGUGGUCAUGAUUUUGAGAUCAGGCCUUUUGAUUGUGGACCCGGCAGCAUGGUUCAACACAAAACACAGAUACAGAUGCUCCUGAGAAAGCUGGUGAGUGACGUGGAGGAAGAGAACAGUCGAUUAGCCAACAUGAAACUCAGUCUGGAGGAGUCGAGUGAACAGGUGAAUUCUAACCUCUUGGACAAGUCCAAUGACCUAAAGCAGCUGAGAGAGCAGAUCCGCAAGCUGGAUGAAAGGUUGGAUUCUGACAUGCAGGAGCUCGCCCAAGAGGAGCAGGACUGGGCAGCCGAGGUGGAGACGGUGGAGAACCAUCGUACGACUAUGGAGAAGAAGGUUAAUUAUGGCUACGACGAGUCCGUGCAACACCUGAAGGCAGCGCAACAGCAGUACCACCUGGUGCUGCAGGAGACCAAUGAGGAGCGGCGGACAGUAGCCAAUAACCUUGCAUCUGUGUUUACCACAGCUGCUAACCACUUGUCAAUCACAGAGAAGUGCCUGGAGGAUCUGCACGGCAGAGUUCAACGCGUCUGCUCUAAGGCUGUGGAAGAGGAUGAAGCUGCUCUGCAGAAGCUGAGGGAAACUUUGAAGAGCUUCAUGUCGAAGGCAGACAGUCUGUAACGUGGGGGGGGUAGAGGCCUCUCAGAGACGAUGGAAGUGUGGCGGAGUUCUCCCUGUCAUUUGUGUUUUUAGUUUGUUCCCAUCUUUGUUUGUUCUGAACACGUUUUGGAAACGUAUCAUAUGACUUAUGACUUUAGAUUAACAAAAUGUCACUGUCAGUUUUCUCUGUAUAAAUUAUUCUAUUUUAAUUACAACAGUGGUGUGUUUUUGCCGACACAGAUGCAUCUAAAUACAGAGACGUUUUAAUGCAUGUCGUUCUAGUUCUGGUAUUUACAGGUUUGUGUCAUUUUAGUCAACACUUUUCAGUUUUUGUUAUUAAUGAACAUUCAUAUGCAAAAUAAAAAUUACUUUUAAACCCUCCAGUUUUUAUAGAA